GAUAGUUGGGUUGCAUGAAGUGACUCCUCUCCCACAUGCAGUUCGUAAUUCAUGUUUGCCUCGCUAAAAUCAGAUUUUAAAGCCACAAAUUACGAUUGGAGGCAUGUGAUCUACGGAGCAGAGGAAAAUGCAAUUUUCAAUUGGCUCAACGGCUUUAAGGAGGGGUUAACUGAGAUAACCCGGAAACGAAGGAAGAAUCUCUCCUCGCAGACUCAAGACUGUCAGUCUCGCCAUGGCUGGAGCUGGAGGUGACAAGCCUUUCGCAGAGGCCAGCCCAAGCCCUUUAUCUCGGGUUUUGAGAAUCAGUCAGCUGGAUGCUUUUGAACUGGAUGGUGCACUGGAACAGCUUGUUUGGUCACAGUUCACCCAAUGUUUCCUGCAUUUCAAGCCUGGGCUCUUAACCCCUGUGGAACCAGAACUGAAGGCCCUUCUCCAGCUUCUCUUGUGGAGGUUCACAGUCUACUCCAACAGUGCCACUGUGGGCCAGUCGCUGCUCAACAUCCGGUACAAGAAUGCUUUGAUCUCGGGCCAAAAGUACAGGUCCAUGAGCCGGCAACAGAAGCUCUGGUUUGCUCUUCUAACUGUAGGUGAAAAGUGGCUCAAAGAGCGCUCUCAUAGCUUGUUCCUCAGCCACCCUGCAGAGUCCAACAUGCACAAAGCCCGUAAAGCACUUGACAUCAUCUCAGGUCUCACCAAAGUGGCCAGCCUGGUCAACUUCCUUCUUUUCCUACAGAAAGGCACCUUUCCUACUCUGACAGAAAGGUUGUUGGGAGUACAACCUGUCUUCAGCCGACAUCAAGGCCCACGGGACAUCAACUUCCAGUUCCUGAACCGAGAGCUUUUGUGGCAUGGCUUUGCAGAGUUCCUCAUCUUCCUACUUCCUCUCAUUAAUGUGUGGAAACUGAAGGCCAGGGUCUCUUCCCUGUUCUCCCCUCUGAAUGAGCUGAAAGGUGGAGACUGUUCAGAGGAGACCUACUGCACAGUGUGUGCCAUUUGUGGGGAGUGGCCAACCAUGCCCCAUUCCAUCGGCUGCAACCAUAUUUUCUGCUAUUACUGCCUCAAGAGCCACACCAUCGCAGAUAUCUACUUCACCUGCCCUAAAUGUGGUGCAGAAACAGGGACUAUAGAGCCAGUCAGACUUCAGAUAGAGAUGACUGUGUUGCGUCAGAGUUGAGUUCUCAGAGGAAGACUAUGCCUCAAACAGACUGUUGAUUGACUUGAUCUCAAGUUUUCCCUCUGUAUGUGUAUUUCAAGCUGAACGUUUGAGUGUAUCACAGAGAUUGGUUGAUGAAAGCAUACGGCUCGUGCCUUUUUCUGAAAUGAGAGUAUUUGUCGCCAUUAAAUAUGCAGAAUUUUGUACAAAGCCUGACUAGAGACAAACUUGAUGUAAAAUUCUAAAACAACAUAAUUUGUGUCACUAAUUUAUUCACCCUCAUUAAAGUUUGAUCGAAACUGUGUAUCAGAGGUCCACUUUUCUGCAUUCUUGGAUGGAGCGCCGAGCAAAUGAAUAAACAUCCAAACAGCCCUUUGCUCAACUGCCUGCACGAUCCAAUUCCCCUCAUCCCCUAUGAAGUGAGAAAUUUGCACAAGAUCAAGGAGAGGCCAUGAUAGCACCAGGGGGGUGGUUGGGUUGGAUGCAGAUUGACAGACAUCCCAUCAUAAUCUCCUUGGCCCUUCUUAAGACACCAGUAAACUGGAACAAACCAGAGUAGGACCAAUGCAAGUUUCAGGCAUAUUAUGCACUAAGCGUAAUAAUGACUGCAAAAAUGGUUAUUUAUUCUGCUGUUAACUCUCUCCAGUGAGCCAUGCCUCAGGCCAAACAAACCCAAAUGGACAAAGGCCUGCUGGAAACUCUAACACAACAUUGCCUAAACUGCCCAUUAUGAAGGCUAUCAGUCAGUUCUCUGGGCAUGAUGGGUCCUGUGUUUUGCUGGAUUUUGUAAGUGCUGUGCUGAAGUUUACUGUGACAGAAUUUACAACUGGGAAUGUGGCACACGCCCUGUUGUAAGUUUAUUCAUGUAUGGUCAAAUACACAGGUCCACCAAGGAGUGUAGCUCUUACUAAAUGCAAUGCUAUCCUAGUUUACGUAUGCUCUGGGUUAACAAAUGUUCAAAAGAUGUUUGAAUAUGAAACCGUAUAUUUAUAACUUUUGUGUUUGUUUUUCAAAGGAUUAAAGGUAUUAGCCGCCACUGUUUUGGAAAUGUCCUCCAGUAAUGGCUGCCUAUUUAAAAUGUACACAACAUAUGGUUCUGUAUUUUUUUACACAUAGAUCGGGUCCAAUCAUUUAACAUCUGUCCCUUUAGAGUUGGUUUAUUUCAGAAAUAAACAUGCGUUUUAGGAUCAAAAGCAUCCAAAACAUUAUCUCGUAAAACAUUUUAUCUGAUCAGAUACACAAGAUUAUUGUAUUAUAUUUUUUAUGUCUGCACCAAAGAAAAGAUUAAUGAAAUUUAAAGCAAGCGCUCAUAUGACCCUAGAUUAUUUUGACAUUUGGUUCAUGUUAAUGGGUUAUCUAAACUUAUGAAUUGGUAAUUAGUUAACAACAUUAGUUAACAUGAAUUAACGAUGAACAAUACUUUUACUGAUUUUAUUUAUAUUAGUUCAUGCUAAUUUCAACAUACUCUAAUCAUUUUGGGCCCACUUUAUAUUAGGUGGCCUUAACUACUCUGUACCUAACCAUUUAAUACAAUGCACUUAUUAUGUACAUGUUGCGUUUUAAUUGCUUUCAUUUCAUUAUAUUUGUAGUUACGCUGUUAGCUUUAACCAUACCCUUACUCCUAAACCUACCUGUACCUCAACAGUAGCGAAUGAGGGAAUUUUACAGAACAGCAUGUAGUUUCACAGUAAAUGCAUAGUCUUGUAUGUAUUUAAAGUUAGUACAUAGUAGUUAGGGCACUUAAUAUAAAUUAUGACCUAUUUUUUUAAUCAAUGCACUAUGAAUUAAUAUGAACAAAGAUUAAUAA